GUCAGAUUAGGUUAUAUUUCUCAGUGGCAUGUUCGAUAUGUAUUCUGACAAGAUUAUGUAUUUUUCGCCGUAUUUAUAAUUAAAAAUAUUAAUAUAAAAAGAAAAAAAGUGAAAAAUGGCUUGUAGAUUAUCAAAUUUAUUCCGUAAACUUUAUAUUAAUUCACGAGGUGUUUCCACCUCAAGUCAACAAAUAAAUAAUCCAUCGCCCGUUGCAGUGUCAAUAUUUCAAAAUUUAACAAACAAAAAUUCAUCAUUAUCGCAGGAAUGGAAUUUAAAAUUCUCACCAAGAAUUAUCGAAUCAGAAUUAAAAAUUCAAUCAUCGCCAUUAUUAUCGGAAACGCCAAGAAUAAGUAUAAUCGAUACACCGAUAUCAAUAAAUCGACACAUAAUUGAACCCCUUGGAAUAAAUUACAAUAUAAAUAAUGUUGAUGACGAUAAUGGGAAAUUAAAUGAAAAAUCCAUAGAUCUUCCAACUUAUGGUGAUGUGUUUGAAAAAUUGGCAGUACGAAUGAUUGUUAUUCGUAGGAGAAAAAUGAAGAAACAUAAAAGAAGAAAGUUACUCCGAAGAACAAAAGUUUUACGUCAAAAAAGAAGGAGUCGACAGAAGGCAAAAAAUGAAAAGCAAUUAAAAAUUGAAGUUAAAUAUUUGAUUAAAAGAGCCGAAACAUAUGAUGCAAAAAAAUUUGUUGCCGGAAAAAUUGCAAAACUCACUCAAGAAAUAAUACCGACAAGAUAUCGUGGUGAAAUAUUACCCGAGGCGACGAUUCGACAAUUUAUGGAGGCUGAUAAACGAAGGAGGGAGGAGAAAAGAAAUCGAAAGCGUUUAACUUUAGACUAAAUUUUUUUCAAUUUGUAGAACAUUUUUUCAAUUCGAAUAAUUACUCUAAAUAUCAUUUAAAAACUGUUCUUUUAUUUUUAUUAUAAAAAAAUACGUUGAUUGAGAUCUAUCUAUACAAUUAGAAUACAAUUUAACGCUAUUUA